AUGUUGUUAAAUCUAAACAUUGGUGACAAAGGAAAUAAGCCACAAGCAUCUGUUGAUUUUCAAUUAGCAAUAUUUCUUCGACAACUUGGUUCUAAAGAUGAAAUCAUGAGUAUUUGUUCUCGAUUUGGAGUAUCAGAAGAUAAUAAUCGAAGUGUUAUUCAUACAGGAUUUCAAAAUAUUGGUGGAUUUCAAAAUGUUAUAGGAGCUAUAGAUAGAACUCAUUUUAUUUUAACUGAGACACCAACACAAGAUCCAACAGCAUACUUUACAAGGAAAAAAGAUAUGCAAUUCAAUGUCAAGGAAUU